GGUUUGAAUAGCGCCUUCAGCUUUGUUUUCCGUCUCGCCCGCAAUCGGAGUGUGAAGACGAGGCGCGACCCGCACGCGCAGCAAGAGGAGGAAGAAGUGAGCGCUGUCUGUGUGUGUGCGUGUGUGUGUGUUUGUUGCGGUGUCUCCGUAGCGACUUUCGCUCUCUUUUCUUUUUGUCGUUGUCGGCUUUUCGUACGUUUUGCGGCUCACCCGCCUGUGCGUUGAGAAUACCUGGCACCCAAACAGCCACGAACCGUUCUUGUGCCCUCUCGUUUUUGUGUGUCCUUCAGGUCGUUUAUUUGGUCUCGGCGAGGAGUUAUGCAUUUCACAAGAUUGGGUUUUUUUUUUUCCUUAAACCUUAGCGCUGAUUCUUUCAACGUCGCUGUGGCCGUCUUAUGUAUAAUGCUUGUUUUCUAAACCAGCUACGUUUUCGCACAUUUGUUUUUUGGGUGUCUUUUUAAUCUCCUGUUUAAGUUUCUCUUCGGAUUUGUUGGUGUUCGCCUUGUGCUGCUCUGUAGUGGAGAUACACCCGCGCACAUCUCCACGACCCGAUUCAUGAAGGUGACUCUUUCUCUCAAUCGGGUGUUGGUGAUUGUCGUCCUCGUCCUUUCCCUUCCCUUGUACCUGGACCUGUCGAGACUACCGAGCAGCGCCGAUGCGCAGGAGUACGUCUUCGCAUCGCUGACUGCGUGCGAUGGACUCCGCAUGUGCUCCCUGUGCGGCGAGGUGUUGGAGAUGGUCGACUUGGUUCAGCGCUCUCUUGUCGACCCGUUCACCGAUGAGCUCACCUUGUCCGCCGCGGAUUGGGACUUGCACAACCAGCAGUUGUACCAACGCUGCGUGCGGGACCCGGUUCAGCGCGGCUGCGACACCCUCGUCAACAAGGUCAAGACGCGGCGAGUGGAGUAUGCAAAGGUGAUUCUACGGCAAAUCAUUGAAGAUCACACUUUUCAUAACAGGUGGGGGCUGCUGGGUGAGCACUACGUCGUCGGCAGCGCACUGCGGCUGACGAAUUACAUCUUUGAAGCGCAGGAACGCUUGCUUAACGGGCGACGUGACACGUUCAAGGAGGACAGCACCGCUCGUAGUGUUGUCUACCAGCCGUCCACGCUCAGUCUUAGCGGCGACCCGGCUGCGGAGAGUCUAGUGACGCGGGUGUGGUUUCUGCGGAGGGAGGUGCAACGGCUUCACAUGGACUUCUGCUACCCCGUCUGCGAGGGCAAGUUGAGUUUCUUUAAGCGGCUACGGCUGGCUCUGGCGCGCUGCUACUUCCACCACUCUAUCAAACCACGCCUGCUGCUGCUUCGACAGGAACACCGCGGGACGUUGAUGGUGGUGGAAUUGCUCAUGAUUGGUACGGCGAUUUGCGUGGAGCGGAUGAUGCGACCGGCAGCGGCCGACACCGGCGGCGGCGUGGUAGGCAUGGCAGCAUCUGCCAGUGGGCGCGGCGGUGACGGUGGCGGCGUGACCCAUGCCUCUUCCUCUUCCGCCGGAGGAGGCGGAGCAGUGGUGACGGGAGGUGGAAAAGGUCACUACCGACAAGGGCGUCGCAGGUAA